CGCUGACUGCUUGAAAUGGCUCGAUUUGCAGCCAAAGGGCUCCGUCAUCUUCGUCUCCUUCGGAAGCGCGGGCACUCUUUCAACAGAGCAGUUGGGUGGGCUCGCGCUGGGGUUGGAGGCGAGCGGCCAACGUUUCCUUUGGGUUGUUCGUAGCCCUAUGGAUUUGAACUCCGCCGGAACUUACUUCACCGCGCGGAGUGCCGACAACCCCUUCGCGUACUUGCCUGAAGGAUUUCUGGAGCGGACGAAAGGCGUCGGCUUGGUGGUUUCUUCAUGGGCGCCGCAGGUGGAGGUUUUGGGCCAUUGUUCAACGGGUGGAUUUCUGUCUCAUGGUGGGUGGAACUCGACGCUGGAAAGCAUGGCAAGCGGCGUGCCGAUGAUUGUCUGGCCGCUUUUUGCGGAGCAGAGAAUGAACGCGGUGUUGCUGGUGGAGGGAGUUGGGGCGGCGAUGGCGUUGAAGGUGAGGCAGGAUGGGGUGUAUGACAGGGAGGAGAUUGGGAGGGUUGUGAGGGAGUUGAUGGAAGGGGAGGAAGGGGAGAGGACGAGGAAGAGGGCGAAGGAGCUUCAGGUUGAGGCGGCGGCGGCGAUGGGGGGCCGGCGGUGGUGCUCCGGUUACUGGUGUUUGCGGGGACAAAAGGGUUCUACUUUUUUGCGGGGAUCGCGAAAGUUAGCUGCUUGAAAUUUUUACAAAUUAUUAUUAAUUUAAUGUAUUCUGGUUUAAAGAAAAAUAAUAUUAUAUUUUAUAAGUAAAUUAAAUAAUUGAGCAAGAGUAUUCAAAGUA